AUGUCAGAGGCUGGCGACAGCACCCACAAGCGGUCCAAAUCCGCCGCUGCGCUCUCCCUCCUGCGGCGCAAAGACACCCGCGAAGAAGAAUCCGGUUCCGAAGACGGGAGGGCCCCGAGAACUCCUUCCUCCUCCAACCCUGUCCUCUCCAUGGCGCAUCAAACCAGCGUCCGCGGCCACGGGCCAAAGCCCUCCAUCUCGGGGAGCGGCCUCUCGCCCGUCAACUCGUCUCAUCAGUAUCAGCAGCAACCCCAGCAGCAGCCGCACAGGUUUGCGCCUACGCCUCCUCAUCCCGACAAGAGCACCGCGAGCCUCGAGCAAUCUGUCCGCAAGUUCAGGGUCGUCGAAGCCCUCCGCAGCGGUGACACGGCAUCCAUCUCUCGCGUCAUUAGAGAGACGGCCGAGAAUGGACCUCGAUCGAGUAUCUCAUCCGUAGGCACCUCAGGAGGUGCCCUUGAUGACACAACCAUCCUCCACCUGGCCAUCCAGUGUGCCGAAUUUCCAGUCAUCGAGUAUGUCCUGUCCGACGGGCAGGGCUCCAUCGAUGUGAACGCCCGCGACAAGGAGGGCAACACCCCGCUCCACUUGGCCGCAGUCCAGGGCCGAACCACCGUGGUCAAGCUCCUUCUGGAGCAAAAGGACAUCAACGACGCCAUUGCGAAUGCGCAGGGCAAGCUGCCACUCGAUGUGGCCCGAAAUCCCGAGAUUUUCCAACUCCUCCAGCUUUCGCGGUCGCUCUUCGCCGAGGCCAAGGUCAAGCAGGUCCAGGAGCUGAUUGCGCGGGGCAACUAUGGCGCGCUCGCUGGAGUCCUCGAGGAGCACCGUGUCAAGACCGUCCUCGACAUCAACAGCCCCGAAUUCGCCUCGGAGCCCUUCACCGUCCAGACCGGCGGCACUCUGCUCCAUGAAGCUGCCAGAAAAAGAAAUACCAACCUCAUUCAGGUUCUCCUCCUCCACGGCGCCGACCCGUUCCGGCGCGAUCGAAAGGGCAAGCUGCCCCAGUCCGUGACCAACGACGAUGCUACAAAGGCUAUAUUGAAGCGGUCGCCCGCAGCCGUUGCCGCCCAGCGCGGAAUCCAGGAGAAGGCCGUGCUUGGACAGGCUGCGUCUCAGGGCGCAGCUGGCUCGAGUUCUGGCGACCCCCUGGCUGGCCGAGAAGCUCGCGAGAUGAAGGGUUAUCUCAAGAAGUGGACCAACUACCGAAAGGGCUACCAGCUUCGAUGGUUCGUGCUCGAGGAUGGAGUCCUCAGCUACUACAAGCAUCAAGACGAUGCGGGCUCCGCAUGCCGCGGCGCCAUCAACAUGCGAAUUGCCAAGCUCCACAUGAGCCCUGAUGAGAAGACCAAGUUUGAGAUUCACGGCAAAUCCUCUGUCAAGUAUACCCUCAAGGCGAACCACGAAGUCGAGGCCAAGCGCUGGUUCUGGGCCCUCAACAACUCGAUCCAAUGGUCCAAGGACCAGGCCAAGGAGGAGGAGAGGCGAGCUGCCAGAGGUGCUGAGCUGCUCAGGCAAGCCAAGGCUGACCCCAGCACCCUCUCUCUCCAGGAGUCACAUAGCGAGAACACCAGCGUGACCGACCUGCGCAGAAAUAGCUCUCAAAUCGCCAGCCGAUCUUUCUCCAAGGUCUCUUCCGUCGACCAGAGACCAAACUACCCCGGCCCCGGCACCGUUGGUAGCCUCGAGGACGACGACUUUGUUGACGUCCAGACCGACGUGGAUACGAACCGAGGACCCAGGAACGGAGGUGCCACCACGCAUAAUGAUGUUGAUGACGAAGAUGAUUACGGCGACGAUAUGAGCAUGCACGAGGAGCCUACUGCUACAAAGGACGCUCUUAACAUCACGGCGCAGUCGGCCAAGCUCCAGCUCGAGACCAUGUCUCACGUCCACCAGGCUCUGCUUUUCGAACUUUCUCAGAACCCCAACACCACUCUCUCGGAUCCCAACGUUUCCCAGGCGCUCGGCACCUACGAUGCAGCAAUCAGAAGCUUGUCAACUCUUGUGGCAGACCUUCUACGGAUAUCCAAGGAUCGCGAUGCCUACUGGCAGUACCGCUUGGAUCGCGAGGCCAACAUGCGCCGUAUGUGGGAGGAGAGCAUGGCACAAGUAGCGCGUGAGCAGGAGGUCCUUGAGGCCCGCGUUGGUGAGGCAGAGAAGAGGCGGAAGGCAACAAAGCGAGCACUGCGCGAGGUUAUUGAAAGCGGCAUCCCAAUCGCUGAGCCUCCCGUCGAGGAGACGCUCGUUGAGGAGCAACUCGACGAUGACCGGGAGAAGGAAGACGAAGAGGGAGAAUUCGAGGACGCAGCAACAAAACUGCCACCGGUCGUACCCAAGUCACCUACUCUUAAGACGCUCCGAAGGAAACCGACAGUUAUUGUCGAUUUAUCUGAGAGCGAGUCUGAGGAGGAGGACGAAUUCUUCGAUGCCGUUGAUGCCGGCCACGUGGAGGUAUCUGAGCUUCCUGUGGAGGAGACCAAGCCAGAGACUCAAGAUAUUGUUGUAUCUGGAGGGUUGGACAUCAGUCCGUCCUUUAAGGGCUAUGAGAACGGUAUCAGAAAGAGACUUAAGAUGGAUGCUGACGACCGGCCCAAGAUUUCUCUCUGGGGUAUUCUGAAGUCGAUGAUUGGAAAGGACAUGACCAAGAUGACCCUGCCUGUAUCGUUCAACGAGCCGACCUCGCUCUUGUACCGUGCCGGUGAGGAUAUGGAGUACGCCGACUUGCUGGAUCUUGCUGCGGACCGAACCGACUCUAUUGAACGACUCAUCUACGUUGCGGCUUUUGCGGCUAGUGAAUACGCUUCGACCAUUGGCCGUGUUGCCAAGCCAUUCAACCCCCUGCUUGGAGAGACGUUUGAGUAUGUGCGACCUGACAAGAACUACCGCUUCUUUAUCGAGCAAGUCAGCCAUCACCCUCCGAUCGGUGCUGCACAUGCCGAGUCUCCCAAGUGGACAUACUGGGGUGAGUCGGCAGUCAAGUCCAAGUUCUACGGCAAGUCUUUCGAUAUCAACCCCCUGGGCACCUGGUUCCUGAAGCUGCGACCUACUGCCGGAGGAAAGGAGGAGCUCUACACGUGGAAGAAGGUUACGUCGUCAGUCAUUGGCAUCAUCACUGGAAACCCCACGGUGGAUAACUACGGACCAAUGGAAAUCAGGAACUGGACCACGGGAGAGGUAGCUCACAUCGAGUUCAAGCCACGUGGAUGGAAGGCAUCCAGCGCAUACCAGGUUUCUGGAAAGGUGCUCGACGCCUCUGGCAAUGUCCGAUUCAGCAUGGGCGGUCGCUGGAACUCGAAGCUGUACGCGCGCCUGACGCCUGGCUACGAGGCGGCUGUCGAUGAGCCCAAGGAGAGCGGUGAGAUGCAUCAGGGCGGUCUCACCGAUCCCAACUGCGCGUACCUUAUCUGGAAGGCCCACGAGCGACCUACUGGUAUUCCCUUCAACCUGACGCCAUUCGUCUUGACAUUCAACCAUAUCGAUGACCAGCUUCGGCCAUGGCUUCCCCCCACGGACUCGCGUCUUCGACCUGAUCAGCGUGCUAUGGAAGAUGGAGAGUACGACUUUGCGGCUGAUGAGAAGAACCGACUUGAGACGGCACAGCGAGGACGACGACGUAUCCGUGAGGAGCGAGGAGAGGAAUUCGUCCCAGCGUGGUUCUACAAGACGCGCUGUGAGAUUACCGGCGAGGAGUACUGGCAGUUCAGCGGCAAGUACUGGGAGCAGCGUGACAAGGCCGGCCCGAACGGCGACCCCCAGGUUGCUUGGGAGGGACUGGAGCCCAUCUACGAGGACCACGUUGAUGAGGACACUAUACGGUAA